AUGUCAGCGUUGUUGUCAACAAGGACCUUGUUGAAGCCAGAAGUCUUCGGCUGCAACCUGAAAAAGCAGGAGAGGUUCUUGGAGAAGCUGUGUAUUUUCAUAUUUGCAACCUUUCAGACUGCAGUUUGGUCUCCGGUAUUAUGUACUGUGGAACAGAAACUCAACUACAAUGGCCUGGAUGACAACACUGUGUGCCCUAAUAUUAGGAUUGGACAAGAUGACUUACCAGGAUUUGACCUCAUCACACAAUUCCAAUUGGAUUCCAUUCCACUGCGGGGUGUGAGGAGAGUGGAAGGUUCCACACCACUGCAGAUUGCCUUCAGACUUGACAGAGAGGCAAACUUUGAAAUUCCAACAAGAAUAAUCUACCCACGAGGGCUGCCUGAAGAGUAUUCUUUUGUCACCACCUUCAGGAUGGUAAAAAACACGGUUAACAAAGUGUGGAAUGUGUGGCAGAUUGUGGACGAAACUGGCAAUGAGCAAGUUGGUCUGAGGCUGAACGGGAACACCCAGUCCUUGGAGUUUUAUUUAGUUGGAUUGGAUGGUAGCUUGCAAUCUGCCAUUUUUCAAGGGGUUUUGCAGAUCUUUGAUACUGACUGGCAUAAGAUCCUAGUGGGUGUGGAGAGGGACACUGUCAGCUUAUUCGUGGACUGCCAUCGUGUAGCAUCCCAACCCAUCAAACCAAAAGGAACCGUUAAUGUCGAUGGUGAUACUCUGAUAGGACGACUGGAUGCAAACCCUGAAGUAUCUGUGGUGUUUGAACUACAGUGGAUGUUGAUUCACUGUGACCCACAACGAGCACAUCGUGAAGCUUGCACCGAGUUAUCCAUACAGCAGCCUGAUUUCGGUUUCAGAGGUCCGGGGCCUGAUUAUGGAAAACCAAGCCUGCCAGGUCCAAUGGGUCCUCCAGGUCCUGCAGGACCACCAGGUUCUCCUGGUCCACCAGGUCCUUCAGGAUCUCCAGGAAUUCCAGGAUCACCUGGGCUGGAUGGAAGAGAUGGAACUGAUGGAGGAGUGGGCCCUCCUGGUCAGCCAGGUCUUCCAGGUCAGAAAGGGGAGCGUGGUGAUACUGGGCUCACAGGACAACCUGGAAAGCCUGGCCUUCCAGGAAUUAAUGGACGGCCAGGUCCAAUUGGACCAAUGGGACCAGAAGGUCGAGUGGGUCCUCCUGGUGUUCCUGGUCCAGAAGGUCCACCAGGGGUGUCGAAAAUUGGAAAUCCAGGACCACCUGGUGAAAAUGGUCUCGAUGGGGAACCUGGACCACCUGGUGAACCUGGAACAAAGGGAGCACCCGGCUUGCCUGGACCUCCAGGGCCCAUGGGCCCACCAGGUACAGCUGGAGAUGGAAGCGGAGAAGUUGUGUGUACAGUAUCAUGUCCUCCAGGUCCUCCUGGACCACCUGGGUUACCAGGAUUUAAGGGACAUAAAGGCCAAAAAGGUGUUGCUGGAGCUGUGGGCAAGGAGGGUCUGAAGGGCGAUCGAGGUUCUCCUGGGCCACAGGGUAUUGGCGGGCUCCCUGGAUCUGAGGGUUCUCGUGGACCUAGAGGCUUUCCUGGUGCAUCAGGAAAUAAAGGGAGCAAAGGAGCUACAGGAUUUAAUGGCUUGCCAGGGCCUCCAGGCUCACCUGGGCCUACUGGCCCUGAAGGUGCAAGAGGUGCAAUCGGAGAACCGGGCAUCAAUGGCGCCAAAGGUCCAGAGGGACCUCGAGGGCCUUAUGGUGCUCCAGGACCUAAAGGCGAACCUGGUGAUCCUGGGCCUGCUGGACGAGAUGGGAGUCCUGGAGCUGAUGGCAUAAAGGGCGAUGCUGGAAUACCCGGCCGAAUGGGAGAAGCUGGAGUUCGAGGUUUACCUGGAUUACAUGGAUCACCAGGACAGAAAGGACCCAUUGGGGAAAAGGGUGAUAUUGGUGAGAUGGGACCGAUGGGACCUCCUGGAAUCCCAGGGGAGCCUGGUGACCCAGGAACACCAGGACAAGGAGGAGCCCAAGGUCCACGUGGCCCUCCUGGAAUUUCUGGAGAGCCAGGACUCAUUGGACCUCCAGGUUUACCAGGUUCUGCUGUUGAAAGAGCUUAA